GGCACAAGUCAUUGUUCUUGAAAACUCGAACAUGUCUGGGUGGGCAGUGUUUGUCCUGACGGUGGUGCUUCUAUGGCACAAUGGUGAGUCUGCAUGUAUAUCUUGCUCCAGCACAAGUGGACGGCGACACACCUAUAGUAGCAGUACAGACCAUCUCGAGAACCCGGGCCGAGGCUUUGUCAACCAGGAAUUCGGCACUGCCUCCAAAUUUAACCAACUCACAGUUUCCCACCUGGAGGGUGAGCGGCAGAAGACGGGUAUGACGAUGGUAUGGCGGACAUACAUCUUGGACACGUUUAGAACUUCAGCCAUCAGCUCUGACUUCCUUCACAAGAUCAGAGGAGAUCUCACCAAUCUUCACUCUGCUGGCAUGACAGUCGUUAUCCGAUUCUGUUACACUUUCCACAAGACUUCACAUGCUCCUUAUGGAGACGCCACAGAGCAUCAGAUCCUGCAGCACAUCCAGCAGCUGAAACCAAUCUUCCAUGAGUUUGAAGGGGUCAUUACUUCAGUGGAGGCAGGCUUUAUCGGUACCUGGGGUGAGUGGUACUACACAACGUAUUUUGGCGACCCAGAACAUCGAAACUUCAACCUCUACCCAGGCUAUGGCUACACACCCCAGCAGUGGCAAGGAAGGAAGAACGUCCUCACUGCACUUCUGGAUGCUGUGCCACAGUCAAUUCAAGUCCAGCUGCGGUAUCCGGGACAGAAGAUUGCCAUGUUCCAUACCUCCAAGCCAAUCACAUAUGCUGAUGUCAACAAGAAUCCCAAGUCUUACAUAGCGAGGAUAGGCAACCACAACGAUUGCUUCCUCUCAAGCGACAACGACGUGGGCACCUACCAUGAUGCAAGUGUUGAGAGGCCGUAUCUUGCUGCAGAGUCCCGCUAUCUUAUUGUUGGUGGAGAAACUUGCCGAGUCACCAAAAAUGACAGAGACCACUGUCCUACAGCCCUGUCUGAGAUGAAGACAUACCACUGGACGUGGCUGAACCAGGGCUUCGACAAGGAUAUGUACGCCAUCUGGGAGAGAGAAGGUUGCUAUGAAGAGGUUCACAGAAGGCUUGGUUACAGAGUACGGUUAACUCAGGCGACUCUUCCAGACAGCGUACAAUCAGGUGCAGACUUCUGCAUCCAUCUAAGUGUCACAAACGACGGCUUCGCUGCCCCAGUCAAAGAGAUGGACGUAACACUUGUCCUGCUUGACAAGUCCAGGUCGAAAUAUUACGGUGGUCUAAUCUCCAAUGUGGAUGUUCGACAAUGGCAACCAGGCCAAGUUCACACAGUUGCUACGUCAGUCAACAUCCCUACCUCCAUCCCAGCUGGACAGUAUAAUUUGUACCUGGCUAUUGGUGACAAGAUCCUGAAGCAUGAGUCUGACUACUACGUCCUCCUGGCCAACAGUGGUGGAGUGCCCGUCUACAAGGAAGGUCUCAAUGACCUGAAGCACACCCUUCAUGUGAGUGGGUCACAUCAUUCCGGGGGAUCGUCAGCUUGCACCAGGGUGGCAUCGUGGACUGCACCAAAGAAGAGCAAGUACAACCGGGUGUUCAAAGUGUCAUCAUAUGCACCAAUCAUUGGUUGAAUGAAGUUUCUUUGCCUGUUUGUGUAAAAUAUUUAUGAGAAUAAAAUAACGAUGUGCGUAA